UCGUUGUAGACAGACUGAGAAGGACGUAACCAUGGAAUAUCCUUUUAUGAUCCAGAUGCUUGGUACAGCAUGUCAUGUAUCUGAUACAAAGCAAGAACCAACAGCCACCAUGUCGAGCAAAAGGGCAAAGACGAAGACCACCAAGAAGCGCCCUCAGCGCGCCACUUCCAAUGUAUUUGCAAUGUUCGAUCAGUCGCAGAUUCAGGAAUUCAAGGAGGCCUUCAACAUGAUCGACCAGAACAGGGAUGGCUUCAUUGACAAAGAGGACUUGCACGACAUGCUUGCCUCCCUUGGAAAGAAUCCAACGGAUGAAUACCUAGAUGCCAUGAUGAAUGAGGCUCCAGGCCCCAUAAACUUCACAAUGUUCCUCACAAUGUUUGGUGAGAAGUUAAAUGGCACUGAUCCGGAAGAUGUAAUCAGGAAUGCUUUUGCUUGCUUUGACGAAGAAGCAACAGGGUUCAUCCAAGAAGACUACCUGCGGGAGCUGCUGACGACGAUGGGAGACAGGUUCACAGAUGAAGAGGUAGAUGAGCUGUACAGAGAGGCACCCAUCGACAAAAAGGGGAAUUUCAACUACAUUGAGUUCACGCGCAUCCUGAAACAUGGCGCUAAAGACAAGGAUGACUGAGCAAAGCUCCAGAUACCUGCAGAUAUCUCUACUUUACACUUAUGUUUAUUUUUGAGGGUUUAUUCCUGAUAGAACCUGUUGCAUGCAUUUAGCUUUACAGCUUUUGCCUUUCUCAAUGUAUUUAUCUAUUCCAGGCCAUUUAGGCACAUUUGCACCUGUGUAAUCAGACUGGAAGAGGGAAAAAUAUUGUGAGGAAAAGGAUAUGGGGACAAAGAUCCCUGGACUUUGAUAGUCCAGGAAAAUAAUCUCAAUGUUACUGGUUUAGCUGGAUUUUUACAUUUUUGUAAUAAAUGACACUUUGAAAUAAAGAUUGCUAUAUAGAUAAAA